CAUCUCAGCAAUUCAUCACCCUAUUAUUUAAGCAGUAAGAAAUUCACUUACUAUAAGUAAGACAGGCAUAGAAACAGAAUCAAAAACAAAAUGGUGUCACAUUUAUUGUCAAACUUGUUUCGAGGCACCAGGGGAUGCAAUAUGUGUCAGUUUUAAUUGCUUCUUUAGGGGUUACUACAACACAAAUGUAUCUAACAUGGCCGUCACCUACAAUAUCAAUACUAAAGGGAGAUAACUCUCCACUUGGUGAACCAAUUUCAAGCGAAGAUUCAUCUUGGAUUGUUUCUAUUAUUUUAUUAUCUGGUUUCCCAGCUGCGUUUACUUUUCAUCUGACUACUGCACGAUUCUGUCGAAAACAAGUGCUACACGCCGCUUCUGUUACACUUUUUCUACCUUGGUUUAUUAUUAUAUUCGCCAAUCACGUUGCGUAUAUCUACGCAGCACGAAUAUUAGCUGGAUUAUUACUGGGAACAACUAUAAUUACUGCAGCAAUGUACUCAUCAGAAAUAGCUGAUCCAGACAUCCGUGGCCGCCUUGGCACAUCCUACGGAGUAAUGAAACUAUCCGGAUCCAUCAUAGUCCUUGCUGUAGGCCCUUUUGUCUCCUACACAGUACUAGCAAUUGUCUGCGCAAUCGUCCCAUUCACCUUAUUCUGCCUGCUUUUCUUCAUCCCAGAAUCUCCCUACUCUUUAGUAAAGAAACAACGCUUAGAUGAAGCACGUGAAGCUGUUAUCAUGCUAUCAGGAUCAAAAGAUGAUAUCGAAAUAGACGAAAGGGUUAAAACUAUUGUCGCAUUUGUACACACAGCGGAACGUCCACUUGGAGUAAAAGAAGUAUUCUCCAAUUGGAAAUAUGUUAAAUCAAUGGCGAUUGUGAUCACACUUGUGACUUUCGAAUACUUCGGAGGAUUCAAUGCAAUUAAUUCUUAUCAACAAGAGAUUAUUGCUAGUAGUGAGAGUGACAUUAGUCCGGAGGUGUCAAGUAUUGUUUUUGGGCUCAUACAAAUACCAGCAGCUAUUCUCUCAGCCUUUUUAGUUGAUCGCCUCGGACGUAAAGUAAUUCUAUACAUAGGCUGCACCGGUUGCCUAAUUCCACUCAUCGCUGAGGGCGUUUACUUCUAUUUAGAAGAUUACCUUAAACAAGAUGUGUCUGCGAUAUCAUGGUUGCCUACAACAGGUCUAGUAAUAUUUUUAAUAAGUCAUGCAGUACACUCAUCAGUGCCGUACAUUUUACUCGGCGAGUUCUUUAAUGAUAAAAUGAAGAACGUUGCAACCACUAUGUUUAGUUCAGCAGGUGCACUGGCUGUUUUCGGAGUGACAAAACUUUUGAACCUAUAAGAGAAACAUGGGGACGUAUACAUGCUUUUGGAUUUAUUCAGGGUUUACGUUUGCAACUAUUUUAAUGACGUAUUUCUUUUUGAUUGAGACUAAGAAUAAGACUUAUCAGGAAAUUGAAAGGAAAGUAUAUAAAUA